AUCUUUUGUGUGGUUCUCCCAGGAGAAGAGGCGUGUGGUGUGCUGUGCUGUGGUCACCGAUUUGGUUGACGGAAAAAGAUGUGUGUUUUAUAUAAUUUUUCUUCUGGGCCAAGGGGAGGGAAAUGGUGGUGGGCUUAGGGAGGCCGGGUACGGGUUGUGCUGGCUUUUGAACCUCUGGUGUACAUGGCUGAUCGAAUCACGAUCGGAUUGUGUUGUUCCCCUUGUUGAAACAUUUGGUCGGGGAGAAGUGAAUUUUGCUGAUUCAGGAAUAGGGAAGCGUUUUUUUAAUUACAAAAUAACUUGAUUUGUAAGUUUUUUCGAUGGAAAUGACUGCUUAUUCGCUGUUUGUAAGGCAGUGAGGCGAGUAGCGGUGAAGUCGGAGCCUUAUGAUCUUGUGAAAGUUAGUGGAUAGUAAGAGUGGCUUCUGCAUGAGUUGUGGAAGCUAAGAACGGGGUUAUUAUUUUACUAGUAUUGGACGGAAACUGGGGUGCUUGCAUGUGAAAUGUCAAUUCUGAGUCAAGUAAUCAUUGGUCGCCAUUACAUUUCUGUUGUUUUGACUCUUUGUUAUAGCACAUCACAUGUCUUAGAUUUGUCUUUAAAUCUUGAAUUAAGCUUCACACUGAACUACACCAUAAUAUGAAUAUUUUGACUUGACCAAGGCUUGAUCCAUGCUCCCAUCAACAAAGGAUGUGGAUAUGGAAAUAAAGGAAAUGGAACAGGGAGCAUUUCUCUUCUCUGUGAGAAGGGAAGAAAGGCAUUCAUUUUGUAUCAAUCGAUGAGACUCGUCCUCUCUCCGAACAAGGCCCAUUUGACAUUAUUUUGCACAAGCUUACUAGCAAGGAGUGGCAGCAAGUUCUGGAGGAUUAUCGCGAAGAGCAUCCAGAAGUGACUGUCCUUGACCCACCAAAUGCUAUCCGACAUUUGCACAAUCGCCAGUCGAUGCUUCAAGAAGUUGCUGAUUUGAAUUUGUCCAAUGGCUACGGUGAGGUUUGCACUCCACGACAGCUGGUCAUCAUGAAAGAUCCGUCUUCUAUACCUGAUGCAGUUGCGAAGGCUGGACUAACCUUGCCCUUGGUUGCCAAACCAUUGGUCGUUGAUGGAACAUCAAAAUCUCAUGAACUAUCUCUUGCGUAUGUGGAGACAUCGCUGCCUUUACUUGAUCCCCCUCUAGUUCUCCAGGAAUUUGUCAACCAUGGUGGGAUCCUAUUUAAGGUAUAUAUUGUUGGUGAAACAAUAAGGGUUGUCCGCCGGUUUUCUCUUCCUGAUGUUAACACCUAUGACUUGGGAAACAAUGAUGGCAUCUUCCAGUUUCCAAGAGUUUCCUGUGCUACAAAUAGUGCAGAUGAUGCAGAUGUUGACCCUUGUAUUGCAGAACUUCCGCCAAAGCCACUUCUAGAGAAACUCGGCAGGGAGCUUCGGUGCCGACUGGGUCUUAGACUGUUUAACAUAGAUGUGAUUAGAGAACAUGGAAGAAAGGAUAGAUACUAUGUCAUUGACAUCAACUACUUUCCUGGAUAUGGUAAGAUGCCAGGCUACGAGCACAUAUUUACCGACUUCCUGCUAAGCCUCGUGCAAAGCAAGUACAAGAGGUGUCUAAGCGGGAGCUAAAGCAUAGAGAAGCUUACUGAGAUGGAGACCUUUAACAGAUGCUAGCCAAUCAGCCAUGUAACAGUGGCAAGUAGAUAGAUUUUCCAGUUUGUACAUAUCAAGGGGUGCAGCCUUUUUAUGAGAGGAGGUACAUAUCAAGGGGUGUGGCCUUUUUAUGUGGGCUGGGCAGGGACUAUAUAUCAGAAGAAAGAAAGGUUCGUGGCCCUGUAGUGCCCAACCUGUGUAAAUCCUUAACUGAGUCGAGUGCUUACCUGAAGUUUUCUUUUCAGCAAAAUGUUGUAGCCAGCCACUUGAGAAGGGGUGCUGCCAGAUGAU